UCUUUUUUUACUCCCUCCUUGCUCUGCAGCAACAGCAGCAGCAUCACCACAGAAAAAGUACAACUAGUGGGAGGUGGGAGAGAGAGAGUAAGAGAGAGAGAGGUGGUGGUGGUGGUGCUCUUGCUGCUGCUGUGCUAUAUGCUAUGUUCUAUGUGUGUGUGUGUUAUGUGUCUUUCUCUCUCUCUCUCUUUCUUUCUUACUUCCCGCCAUAAACACUACCACCAAACCAAAAUAACAAACAAGAACCAAAGAAAACAAACAAAAAACCCCAAUAUAGCAACACUCUUUAAUCACCUAAUUAAUACUUUUUAAUGCUUAUUAAUCACCUUCAUUAAUUAAUCCCCUUCCCUUCUAUAAAUAGGUCUUCCAGGUUCGUUACUCUCUCUUAGCUCUCUUAGCCACCCAGUCACCUAUCCCUUCUUCUCCUUCUCUUUCUCUAUUCCUUUGUUCUAAGGAUCUUAUCAAGUAUAAAGAAAAAGAGUGAAAGAAAAAAAGAAAAGCAUGGUGAGAGAUGGAGGUGGGUUGCCAGGAUGGCUUGGUGGACUUGUAGAAGAGCCUUUCUUUGUUGCUUGUGAAGCUCAUGAAACCAGAAAGAAGAAUGAAAAGAACAUCUUCUGUCUUUACUGCUGCACCAGCAUCUGUCCACACUGUGUCUCUUCUCACCCUUCUCAUCCUCUUCUCCAGGUGAGGAGAUAUGUCUACAACGAUGUUGUUCGCUUGGAUGAUCUUCAAAAACUCAUUGACUGUUCUCAUGUUCAGCCAUACACUAUAAACAGUGCAAAAGUGGUGUUCCUGAAGCCAAGACCACAGUCCAGGCCAUUCAAAGGAUCUGGAAAUAUCUGCUUGACUUGUGAUAGAAUCCUACAAGAACCAUUCCACUUCUGUUCUCUAUCUUGCAAGGUUGAUCAUGUGGUGCUGCAAGGGGAGGAUCUGUCAAGCAUACUGUACAGGUUCAAUGAGUCAGAAUUGGCAUUUUCACAUUUUGAGAAUCUAAGGAUGGAUAGCUCAGACAUUUUGGAAGAAGAUGGGCAUGUGAUAUCAAGCACUGUGACACAGGAUUCAGUGCAGUAUAAGGAGUGUUCCGCGUCGAGUCAUGGCGGUAAGGCGGUUACCCGGAGGCCGGAAAAUUCAGAGGUGGUGAAGAGGAAGAAGAAUGGUGGGUUUUUCCCUCACAUUGUAUUGUCUCUGAAUAAUAGGAGAAAGGGAGCUCCUCAUAGGAGUCCUCUGUCUUAAGAAUGAACAUGUCCUCUUAAGUUAGUUAAGUUAGUUAGGGAGGUAGUUAGUAGUGUCUUUGUUAUUAGUAAAGGGAGUGGGUACACCCUUGUUGUUAUGUAUGGAGG